GAGAUGGUCACGUGUUUACAUUCCCUCUAUUCAAGAUGGCGGACCGUCGUCUCUUCCUUCUCUGUUCUGCUUUCGUGGUUAUUUGUCAUUUUACUGUAGAAGCCGUCUUUCCCGUUCCUGUAUUCAUUUGGUCUAAAGAAAGUUCCCUGACCCAAGACUCUUCGCCCCUUGCUGGUCACACGCUAUCAACUGAGGACUUCCAAAAUAAAUACCUUCAAAAGGUGCUACACAAGCCUCAAACAGUCGCACUGUUUGUUCAAGACAGGUUAAGUGUGGAUGACUUUACCCGGUAUGGUGAUGCCUUUACCUCUGGCAGUCAUGGAGCCUUCAAUAAUCUCAAGAUAACCAUGGACAAAGCCAAUUCAUCUAUAGUCCUACCCUCCGUGGAUUCUACAUUUGAGGGGCUGACAUCUGGCCUCACUGAUUACAUCAAGUCUCAGAUCGACGGAAAGCUAUUUGUUGUGAAUGAAGAAGAUGUUGACUCUUUCUCCAUUGACAAAUACACAAUGAAUCAACAGAGGACAAAUGUUUUUAUUAUAAACCUCCGCCCUGUUGAGUUAAGCUCUCCGUCCAAUGCUGGUCUUGUCUUCUCACAAAAUGAUCAAUUGAUGGCCUCAAUAACAAAGCAGAUAGCAGCCAGUAACAGUCCUUCAUAUACGUGCAUUCUGACAGGCGACGCCCCCAGCAAGAUUGUCCUGGACCAACAGAUAGCAGAGGUGAGGGCCUCACUCCCACAUGAUCGCUUACGGAGAGAUGCAGACCCAUUAGAUGCUGAUAACAGCAGAGUUAACACCAUCACUUUUGGCAAUGGCACCCUGUUUGUUAAUGGAGAUUGUGUCUUCAUGAAUAUGGCUGGGCUGGUGGUGAGGUCAGACAAUAAGACCUUCAACAUUCUCAAUACAACAUCCCUUACUGGAACAGUUCAAUCCAAGUGCUCCAAUGUCUCUGACUCCAGUGUCGACCUUAACCUCAAGACUACUGAGCUGAGCACUUUUAAGCUAAGAGUUACAUUCAACCUGACCCAAGGAGCCUGGUACUGCAAGGAGAUGAAGCUCACAGCUACUGGGGGUGACUGGAAUCUCGAAAAGACAUAUCCCUGUCAACAGCAAGUCCAGAUUCCAAUGCAGAUGUCUUACCACUGCUACAAUGCUACCUUCAAGGGAAAUGGUUCUGCCAUUCGGUUCCUGGACUUCCAGGUACAAGCCUAUGGCAUCGAGAAUGGCCGCUUCUCAUAUGCCUAUGAUUGUGUUGGCUUCUUUUCCAUCCCCAUCUUGAUGGGUCUAUUGACAGUCGGCGUGCUGUUAAUGAUUCUUUUCUUUGGAGUGAUGGCAGUGUUCAGUAUCACCACCAUGGAUAGAUUUGAUGACCCAAGAGGUCCUGGAAUCAAUAUUGGAAGCACUGUACAAGGCUAAUAUACAGUUAUAGAAUUUUAUCCAAUUUUGAUUAGGUUAUUUCUAAUGUUUUGUUUACAUGUAAACAAAUAGACAUGAAGCCUGGCUGUUUGUUAUGGAUAAGUUGAUUGUAAGUAAUGUCUGGGUGCCAAAGAAAUUUCAUUCUUUCACAAAAAUACAGUGUUAACAUAACUAGCCAUGUGCUAUCACCGAUUCAAUGAAAACUGUUUAGUGAGUCAGCAGAUACAAGUUAUAAUAUCCUGGUCUUUGCAGUACAAGCUGUGACCUACUUUUGCAUUUUGCAGUGUUGUCCGAGGCGUAGUAGGAGAUUCUGAAAGGGGAAGGGGUUAAAACCUGUAAAAAAAUUAAAUCAAUUAUUUUGUACUUUAGCAAGCUCAAAUUCUUUUUUUUUUUUUUUUUCAUGACUAUUACUCUUUGGCUAUUAGAGUGGUUUUCAUUAACACGUGAAACAAAGUGUGAUAAUCAAAGUGUAAUAAAGAGAACAAUGGAAUUAGAUUGCAAUAAAGUGUAAUACGCUAAAAGUGUAGUUCAGGGUUAAUGAAAAUCACUCUACAGUUUGUUUCAUUGACACUUGCAACUUGGGCCAACAAGUCAGUAAUAUCAGGAAAUAAAUGUAGCAUUGUGGUGCCUAGUAUUGUUAAUGUUGUACAGUGCUGUGAAGUUCUUUGGUAACAUUUCUUUGUCUUAUUCGAGCAAGAAUAAGUUAACAAUACUGGUCAAUGUUGGAGCUUUUUUAUUAACAAACACAUUGUACGAAUUCAUUAGAAUCGUGAUUAUGUUCUUGCAAAUAUGAGUAUGUGGGAGAGCUUUACAAAAAUUGAUUGGGAUUAUGUAAAAAACAGAUGGAAUAAAAUUUAAACAAAAA